ACAUAUCUCAUAACCAAGACUAGAUUCAAUUAUUCUACAACUAUUGAAAAUUAUUCCUAUCAGGCUAUCCUGGACUUCCCCAAAUAACCUCACUUUAUUCUCACUUUCUAUAAACUCUUCCAACACCAUUAAUGCCUCAUUUUCCCUUCUUUUAAACUCUUGUCAAACAAACACACAAAAAACAGUCUUUUUAGUCAACUGUUCUCUCUCUCCUCUAAUACUUCUCCGGCGCCGGAAAAUAUGUCGGCGGUAGAUGGGUUCCGACCACUUAAUGAAACAUCAUUGGUUGAGUAUAUAAAAGCAACCCCUUCUCUGUCUUCAAUACUUGGUGAUUCCGACAACUUUCAGAUCAAAGAAGUUGGAGAUGGUAACCUUAAUUUUGUCUACAUCGUUGUCUCCCCUUCUGGUUCUGUUGUCAUCAAACAGGCACUUCCUUACAUACGCUGCAUUGGCGAAUCAUGGCCAAUGACAAAAGAACGUGCUUAUUUUGAGGCGGUGACAUUGAAAGAACAUGGUCGCUUGUGUCCUGCUCAUGUUCCAGAGGUUUAUCACUUUGAUCGUCUAAUGUCUUUGAUUGGCAUGCGUUAUUUGAAGCCUCCACACAUCAUCCUUAGAAAGGGUUUGAUUGCUGGAGUUGAAUAUCCAUUGCAUUCAGAACACAUGGCAGAAUAUAUGUCAAGGACUUUGUUCUAUACCUCUCUUCUUUAUACUACCACUACGGAGCAUAAAAAAAGAGUUGCUGAGUUCUGUGGAAAUGUGGAGUUGUGCCGGCUUACUGAGCAGGUUGUAUUCUCUGAUCCGUACAAGGUAUCUGAGUAUAACCGUUGGACUUCUCCUCACCUUGAUCGUGAUGCCGAGGCUGUUCGUGAUGACAAUGAUUUGAAGCUUGAAGUUGCUCAGAUGAAAUCCAAGUUCUGUGAAAGAGCACAGGCUCUUAUUCACGGAGAUCUCCACACUGGUUCUGUCAUGGUCACUCAGGAUUCAACUCAGGUGAUUGAUCCAGAAUUUGCCUUCUAUGGGCCGAUGGGAUUUGACAUAGGAGCUUAUCUGGGAAACCUUAUUUUGGCCUUCUUUGCUCAAGAUGGACAUGCAAAUGAAGAGAAUGACCGAAAGGCUUACAAGAGAUGGAUCCUCAAAACUCUCGGUGACACUUGGAAUCUAUUCCACCAAAAAUUUAUCGCUCUUUGGGAUGAAAACAAGGAUGGACCUGGUGAAGCAUAUCUUCCACAGAUUUAUAACAAUCCUGAUGUUCAGAAACUCGUGCAAACAAAGUAUAUACAAGAUUUGUUCCAUGAUUCUCUAGGAUUUGGCUCUGCCAAAAUGAUAAGGAGAAUCGUUGGUGUGGCACAUGUUGAGGACUUUGAAUCAAUUACUGAUGCUUCCAAACGAGCUGACUGUGAGAGGAAGGCGCUCAACUUUGGAAAAAUGCUCAUGAAGAAACGCAGGAAUUUUGCUUCUAUUGAUGAAGUAAUCACAGCUAUACAGGAGGUUGAUUCAUAAUUUGUUGAUGUUGCAUCACGCACAAGUUCAUAGAUGUAAUUUUAGGAAUAAUCGAUGAGCUUCUUUGAGGUUGAUAGUCUACAAGACUACAACUCUGUUGAUCGUAUUAAUACAUCGAGUGAAGGAAACAAUACAACUCAUGAGUGAGUAAGUUUAUAUUUCUCUCCUAGUUUCAUGGUUUCCCUUUUGAUUUAGCAUAUUUCGGCAAAGAUGCAUGUAUAGUUGAACCUUGAACGCCUCAUAAUUUAUCCGUAAACGUAACUACAAGUACCCUUAUAGUAAAAA